GGGGUUGUGGCUAUGGGGAUGUGGCUAUUUCCGAGCUCUCCCAUCUGGACCACUUACCGAUCAUCUUGUCUUAACUCUGUCUCGUAUGCUCUCUACAUCUACAGAGUUCAUUCACUGGCUAUGUACGGAACAUCGGAAUCCAAAUCCAAUUACUACUAUUGCCGAGCACAUUUCUUGCUGCCUGAACGUCAUCUGAGAACCCCUCAUAGUUUCAUCCAAGGCUCAGAUCCAAUGAGAGCGAAUCCAUCCAGUAGAUCGACUGCCCCUCGAUCCGGAAGCAUCCAAUGGAUGUGUCUAACGUGAGAUUCACUCGGGCAAAGACGACAACGGAGGGGCUAUGGAUCACUGCCUCGCUGUCCCUGCUUCAGCCCUGUAACCCCCCACACCCGGAGUAAGUCAACAUGUCAAUGAAUAACCGAAAAGAUCGAAUGGAAGGGAGUAUGAGUAGUAAGUAGUCUAUUAAAGGACUGGGACUGUCGGAAGUUCGGCCGAUUAAAGAUGGUUGCCUGGAGGCGGUGAAAGUGAAGUCACUCUGGUAAUUCUGGGUUGGAUCUCUCCAGAGACAAAGGCAUUAGGCAGUUUUCCUCUCCACUUCCUCAUGCUUGAACCAUGGUUCGGCCCAUCGGUCAAAUGCUUUGCAGCUUUAGGAGUUGUCGGUGUGAGGUUCUCACCGAGAGAAAUAUUUAUUUACCCAUGAAUGCUUGUG